UUAGUAGAAGGACCCCGGCCUUGGGUCAGGCGGAAGCAGGGGCGCGCCGAGCUGGUCGAGUGGCGGCGAUGUCUGCGCUGCUGCGGGGUCGCUGCUGCCGUGGGGCCGCCGCGCUGAGGCCACCGCAGGUGCUUGGAACCCAAGUAUGUAGCCAGGACAGAGCGUCAAGUUCUUUGCCAGAUGAAAAAAAGGAAUUUCUGAAAAAUGGACCUGAUUUGCAAGAAUUUGUAUCUGGGGAUUUUUCAGACAAGAGCACAUGGGCUGAUUAUAAAGGCAACGUAAAGCGUGAGAAGGGAGAAAGGUUACGGCUUCCUCCAUGGCUGAAAACUGAGAUUCCUAUGGGAAAAAACUAUAAUAAAUUGAAGAGCACAUUGCGAAGUUUAAAUCUUCAUACAGUGUGUGAAGAAGCACGUUGUCCAAAUAUUGGAGAAUGCUGGGGAGGGGGCGAGUAUGCCACUGCUACAGCAACGAUCAUGCUGAUGGGUGACACAUGUACCAGGGGUUGUAGAUUUUGCUCAGUAAAGACAGCAAAAAGUCCACCUCCAUUGGAUCCUAAUGAGCCUUACAAUACUGCCAAAGCUAUAGCUGAAUGGGGCCUGGAUUAUGUUGUCUUGACUUCCGUGGACAGAGAUGAUAUGCCAGAUGGAGGAGCUGAACAUUUUGCAAAGACAGUCUUGCAUUUGAAGGAAAGGAAUUCAGGAAUUCUAGUCGAAUGCUUAACCCCUGAUUUUCGAGGGGACCUGAAAGCAGUGGAGAAAGUUGCCUUGUCAGGACUAGACGUAUAUGCACAUAAUGUGGAAACUGUUCCAGAAUUACAGAGGAAAGUCCGGGAUCCUCGAGCCAAUUUUGAGCAAUCUCUGUGUGUUUUGAAGCAUGCUAAGAAGGUCCAACCUGAUGUAAUUUCUAAAACCUCUAUUAUGCUGGGGUUAGGCGAGACAGAUGAACAAAUACAUUCAACAAUGAAACUAUUACGUGAAGCAGAUGUGGACUGUUUGACCUUAGGACAAUAUAUGCAACCAACAAAACGUCACCUAAAGGUUGAGGAAUAUGUUACUCCUGAAAAAUUUAAAUACUGGGAAAAAGUGGGAAAUGAGCUUGGAUUUCAUUACACAGCUAGUGGCCCUCUUGUACGCUCCUCUUAUAAAGCAGGUGAAUUUUUCUUGAAGAAUUUAAUAGAGAAAAGGAAGACAAAGGCCAUUUAAAAUGGGAAUGGUCUCAUCUUCAGAGAACUUCAGCUUUAUACUGUCACAUUUUCCAAAAGUUCAAUUAAUUGCAAAAACCAAGUGCCAGAUGGUAGACUUCUAGGAAGAUGCUGAGUGUAUUUAGAAUUCUGAGCUGUUGGCAAAACAAAUUCAUCUCAUUUUUCACUUCAGUAGAGUGUUAUGUCUCAGCUCUGUUGUUAGGGAACCCUGGCACAGGACGCAAUCUGCCCGACUCGUAAAGAAUUCCCCCCUCCCUCCCUUCCUCUACCUAAACAAAACUGAUUAAGAUGCAGUGGGAGAUGCACCUAACCCUCCAGAUAAGGGUGACAAGAGUGAAACAACUGCCCUAGGUCUCAUUUGCAUCCGAGAUGGAACUAGAUGACAACUCAUUUACAUGGGAGAUGGAGAACAGAACACCUGAAGCAGAGACAGCAGUGAAUUCUGGGAUCAGAGAAGCAGGGGAGCACUGCACGAUGGGGAAUCUGUGCUCCAAAUGCUAAUCAACCCAUGUUUACACACACCCAGCUCAGCAUUUAUCAGACCAGUUCUAAUUUGGAUUUACAAAGGACCCAGACACACACCCACCUCUAAGUUUAAUAGGCAUCUCGAGCCAUACAUUCCCUAGUCCCACUAUGGGAGGCUUAUUUAAACUUGAUUGACUAAAACUCAGUUGCUGGGUUAGGGAAUGCUGAGGCAAAAAGACCAAGUCGGAGGGGGUAUGGGCAACAUUUAAACAAUGGUAAAGGGUUCAUCACAGCAUCUAGCCCGUUGGAGCCCUGACCACAAGUGUUGUCAUACUUUUCCUGGGAUGACUGGUGGAAGGUUGGAUGAUCACCUGUCUGGGGUCUUGUGAACCCAGCAUUCAUUCCUGCCUGGGGCAAGGAGUCAGGCUAGAUGAUCUGUUCAGGUCCCUCCUGACCCUAGCUACUAUGAAACUAUGAAGUCCUCUCCACAAAAGGUUAUGAACACUCCAAUAAUUUCCUUAAGUCUGUUAAAAGACUAUAGUAAGAUGUGGAAAAGUCAUGCUAAGCUGAGGCUUGUUCACAACAAAUAAAAUUCCAAAACCCUAAUGCUGCAAGCUAUCUGUUGUUUCUGAAGAAACCAUGAGAUAGUCCAUCAGUAUAUCUGCUAUCCAUAGGAAUUUCAAGCUGGCUGUCAAGUGUCUGGAUACUUCCUAACCUUGUGUUUCCUGAUUAGCAAUCAGUUUCAUGAGAUGUUCCAAACCAGAUAACCCCUUGUCAAUAGAAAAGACAAUGAUUUACACUAUUGAAAAUGCUUUGAAGAAGCUGAGCUGAGGGUAUAAAAAUCUGUAAAAAAGCAGCAGUGUGUGCACCAACACCAUCUGCCAUUGUUCUUGGGAUGCUGGAAGAACAGAUCAUCUCCCUUCAAGGAUCGUGCUAUGACCUUUACCUGUCAGCUUUGCAGCCCGAAUGCCUUGGCCUGGUGAGAUCCCAGCGUUCUCUUUAUUUUCUCUAGGCAUAAAUAACCAAUACAGUUCAGGUUCAGAAAAGCUGAACCUAAGUUUCCCUCAAUACUUAGUAAAACCAGGGUAAUACUGUAAUUGUGUUUGUUUUUCCUUUGCAUGUCUAUUACUCCUAGUACCAUUCUAUAUUAUUUCAUAUACUUAGCAGUAAAUAAUUUUUAUAGUCAAACUGGUAGUCACUGGGUAUAUUUUUCCUUCUCUACUUUCCUUCCCCACUUGCUCUGUAGCAAUGCUUCUUUUACCCAAGCUAAAGAUCCCUGUGAAACCCAAAAAUACUGUGGGGUCUGCUCACCAAGGGGCUAAAGAUUGGGACAUGCUGAGUUUGAAACACAUAAGGGGAUCAGCUUGUACAGGCUGAUUGACCUAGUUUGACUCAGCUGUGCCCUAAUGAACUGAAUGCUGGCCCAUGAAGGUGUCAGCUGGACACCCAGCCGGAUUCAGAAGUAUUCUGUUCACCUGUGUGCCUGACUGCAGUUUAUUGUUGCUCUGAUGAACUGAUUCUUGGCAUAUGAAGAAGGUGUCAGCCUGUCCAUGCUGAUCAACCUGGCCGGGUAAGGCAUGUCAUGUUAGUGUGUGAGUGAUUUGGUGACUGGAGGAACCCAGCCCCAAUGAAACCAAGUCCUGCAAGAUGGCUCUACUGGGAGUGAGGAGCUGCAGAAGGGAGAUAUACAGCUCCGUAUAGAAACACAAGUAGCAUGUUGAUAGAAUUACAGAGACCACAGAAACGUAUCCCUAAUAAAUGAGCACACCGCAAAGUAAUGGGCAAAUUUGGUAACGAGUUACAGUUACAUGAUGGAUCAUUGAACAGUGAAUAUCAAAAAGCCCUAGCUUUAGAAUUAAUCAAUAAAACAUUCAAUUGUGAGAAGCAGGGGAAAUGGAGAGGAAUAACAUCUGUGGGUAGUCAUUAAACCUGAUACAAAUGUAUUAAUACAACAAUAAAAAUUAGCACAUGCUACAGAAUAUGCAAA